AUGUAUUCGUCAAAACCCUCCAGACCAAAACCUCUGUCAUGGUCGACUCCCUCUCAUCUCUCCGUCUUCGUCCGAAAUCUCCAAUUGCUGAACCUCCAUCACCACCAAGACUGGCCGGGCAUCACCGUUCGUGCCCUAUCACCCUCAUCGCAGAACCAACGCCAGCGCAUGAAAGCUGUGGAAUGGGCAUUGUAUCAUCUCUGCGCCAUCUGGGAUCCGGAAGUAACACAGGAUAAACUACGCCCGUUUUUCCCUCCGUUAGAAGCGCUACAGUCGGUGAACCUCCGCGCCGCUUUGUUUCGGGUGCUGUCAGAUCUAAAGAAGAAUGGCGACCUGGGAAAGGAAACGAUACUACGCAAGUCGAUGUUGGACGACUGCAAGGGGGAGAAGUUCGAUGAGUUGCUGGCAGUCUUCUCUACAGCGGUUCUGCGUAGGAUCUUGACCGCCUCGAUUGACGGGAGACAGCUGAACCCGGCUCUGAGGUUGUCGCUGGCGAACGGUAUCUCCCCUGAGGAGUAUCAACUCGCGCUGCCUCUUCUCCUGGCGCAUCGGGCCUCACUUGGGUCAAUGGAGGAGCGUCGCGCUCGCGUUCUGAAUACGUACGACAAGUUUUCGCAAUUACUGGAUAACAAAAAGGUUCAGCUGGAACAACGGUCUCAGGAGAAUCCGCAAUCAGUUCCCGAACAACCAACGGAUGUUGGACGUUUCGCGGAGCAGGUGCAGACAAAUUGGCUGGGCAGCGAAGAAUGGGCGAACAGUCUGCUUCAUGGUGGAUCGCAAAGCAGCAGUGAUGCCUUCUUGGAACUACCAUUUGCGAAAGCCUGGGCAAAGGCUAAGGAGUCGACCGUGGAAGAUCUCAAGGCAGGCGCCUCUCGCGAUCUAUUACUCGACCUUGAAUCACGGGUGUCGCGCCAACGGGAUCGACUGAGCAGAUGGCGUGAAUAUAGCGGCACUGCGACCAAGGGAGAUGCAUCGGUCAAUAUGGAUCCAUCACCCUCAACUAAUGUUGCAAGGGACGGUUCAGUGGCUUUCAGGGACCACCAAGCGCUCACUGUUGCAAGCAUUGCCAAGGCAAUUCGAGAGCCUGAGAACCGUGCUACACCUACUCAACAAGAUCAAUCCCUUCUACAUUCUAUGAAUGAAGCUCUUGCGCGCAUUGACAACAAGCCGCGCUCAUCUCCCAAGGAAACAAAACCCGUGUCUCCUGCGUCAGCAGAACCCGCCACGAGCACUCUCCCAUCGUACGGCCCCAGUCCACAGGAAGCUACAACAACCACGGAACCCGAACCCCAACCCAUUCCACCCCAAGACGAUAACGAUCAAAUAGAUCCAGAGCCUUCCAUGGACUACACGUCCCCAAGCAUAACCCUUACAGAAGACCCAGACACCGAACCCAGACUCUUUGCCCUAGCCGAACGAACCCGCAAAUCCAUGUCACUUGUCGGCCCACGCCCCAGCCUCCCACCGCCGGAAGAUAAAUCUUCGCGCCGCCAAAACCGAAUGUCCUUCCCUGUGAACCAAUUCCAAACUCCGCCGAAGCCAGCACCUCCUAGGGCGCAGACUCCGCAGGAUCAGCUUUUCGAAGAGAGUGCAGAUUAUGCGAGUGUGUUUAAGUCGCGGCCGCGGAUUGCGCAGAGCCCUGUUACUUCACCGGUUGUGCAUGUUAAUCCGUUGGGGGAGUUUGAUUUGGAUGCGGGUGUGGAUAUAGAGGUUGAUGUUGAUGUUGAUGUUGAUGUUGAUGUUGAUGGGGAGUUGGAUGUGGAUAUGGACGUGGAUGAGAUGCGUUGGUUUGGUUCACCUUCGAUUCGACGGAGAUGA